AUGACAGAUGAAAUUGAGAAUAAUCAACUAGAAAGUCGUGGAGCUUCCUUUUCCGCGGCAACAGUUGCAGAAGAAUCCGAGAAUAAUAGUACUAUCAAUGCACCAAACGAUAGUACUCCAUUAGCAGAUCUACAAUAUGUCGUUGAACCGAUACAUAAUACACAACACCAUACCCAUCGUCGAAUUAGUGCACCAGUUCUACAAGCAUUUCCUCAUUUUCACUUACUCACAACACAAGAUGCUCGAAAAGGAUAUUAUCUUGUUGGAUCUGGACAACAACUACCAAAAAAUAUUGCAAAUGAUACUUCUACAUCUUUUCAAAAUGGACAAUUGUUUACUAUAAUGAUGGCAACAUGGAAUACAUGUGAAGCAGAAAAAUUAUAUCAACAAAAUAUUACACCGACAACUCAACAAGCAGCUCAACAAAAAGAACGUAUACUUAAUGAUAUGCGUGAUAUAUUAUUACCAUUAUCUCUUGAACAUGUUUCCGAUUUAAUUAUUAUCUGUACACAAGAAAUGUCUGCAGUACAAAACAGGUAUCCAGGGUUCAUUUUAUAA